GACAUUUCGCAGGGUUCUACUGUAUGUGGCUGGACGCGACUGUCGGUCUCGCUGUGCGGUGAUGGUGUUCAGAUCCGCGGCUGUGCGCGCUGGAGAAACGUCAAAAACCAGGAAACGCAGUGAGAAGUGAGAGAAAGUGGAGUAAACAGAAGUGAAUCCUGUCAGCGUGUUUGCGGUAAGAUGGACUCGAGUUCCCCCAUAGUGAACGGGGACCUGUCUCACCACGCUCAGUCUCAGAUCGCCGGCGCGCCAAAUGUGGAGGAGACGCUCCAGCAGAUGAACAUCCUCAUCAAGGAGAACCGUGAGCUCAAAGAAGCUCUAAAGCAAACCAACAUGUCGAUGAAGGAGAGGUUUGAGGGUCUGUCUGCCUGGAAGGAGAAGCAGAGGGAGGAGAGAGGGUUCCUGGAGAAGCGACUCGAGGAGGCCAAACAAAGAGUCCAAGCUCUGGACAGGGAGAACGAGCUGCUGAAGAAACAUGUGCAGGAAAUGGAGAAACAGCAUACCGGUGCAGAGGAGACCAAGGCGUUGAUGAGUCAGAUCGCCCGUCUGCAGGCUGAGAAGAAUGACCUGGUGGCCAUAAACUCUGAACUUCAGUUGAAGAUGAGCCAGGGUUCUCCGGAAGAUUCCUUCAUUGAGAUUCGCAUUGCAGAAGGUGAGAUGAACGUGACCAGAGACUUACCUCCUCAGAAAGACCUUUCUGCAUCUUGCACGACUAAACUGGACAUGACUGUGUCUCGUCUGGAAUCAGAAGAGCAGACGGUGAGUCAGCUCCUGCAGUCUCUGAGAGUCGAGACGCAGCAAAAAGAGAAACUGCAACUCCAACUACAGGCUGCACAGAAGAGGAUUGCAGAACUGGAGAUGAAGGAACUCAACAGAGAGAGUGAAACCCAGACAUCUUUGCCCUGCGUGACCACUGCACAGGAAACUCAGAGCAAGAUCUCUCAGGAGGAAUCAGCCAAAUCUGCCUCUGAGGUUGAGAACCUGAAAACUCAGCUAAUGAGCUUGUUUAAUGAGCUCCAGCAGGCCCAGAGUAAGCUGGACGAGGCGGAGAACAUGAAGAAGAACCUCCAGGACAGGUGUAAGGAGCUGGAGCAGGACCUGUGCACACUGAAGACCCAGCUCGGGGAGAGGGAGCAGCUGCAGGCUGAGAACGACAGAGUGAAGGUGCAGCUGGAGAGCAUGCAGGCUGCCAACAAACUGGAGCAGAAGAAGGUCCAGGAGGAAAGGACUGCUAUGGCCCAGCUGAAGGAUGCGUACACCAAGCUGUUUGAGGAUUAUGAAGAACUUCAGCAGGAGAACAAGAAACGACAGGGAAACGUAUCACGGGAGGAGUACGGUGAUCUCCAGACCAGAAUGGCUGCAGCCGAGCAAGCUCUGGCGGACAAGCAGCAGAAGAUCGAUUUGAUGAAGCAGGAGCUGUGUGAGAAGGACAAAGAGCUGGACACCGUGUCUGUGUUUAAGGCUCAGGCAGAGGUGUAUUCCUCAGACUUCUACGCCGAACGAGCUGCGAGGGAGAAGAUUCACGAGGAGAAAGAGCGCCUGGCUGCUCAGCUGGAGUUCAUCAAGAAGCAGAACAUCCAGCUACAAGAUGAGGUGGAGUCCAUGGGCAGGCAGUCUAUGAGUGAGAUGCAGAGAAGACACAUGUCUCGUGGUGGAAACCCAGCCGAUCAUCAGGGGGCCAGGGUUGACUGGCAGCAGCCGGUCAAUAUUCCCGAGCAUGCCUGUCCUAAAUGUGGGGAAGUCCUUCCUGACCUGGACACUUUGCAAAUCCACAUCAUGGACUGCAUCAUCUGAGCCUCGACAGCCUGUCAGGAGUCGUACAAGUCUUCACCUGAGUGACACGACAAACAGGACAGCGGGAUCUCGUGUACUAAUCACAUUCACAAUACAUACAAACCCCUGCAUUCAUAUUUAACAUAAUCUCUAUAAAGAAUUUCGAUCAAAUAACUCUCCAGUCGCUCUGCAGAUCUAAUUAUUUGCUGUUCUUAAGUAUGUAGCAGAAAAGACAAAUGACGAGGGAGAGUGAUCUGUAUAUCCUGCAGUAAGAGGUUUUUGAUUUUAAAUGGUCAUGAUGCAAAUGAACUUCAAACAAGAGGUUGGAAAAAAAUGUCAACUGCUGCCUGUUGAAGAGCUGGGAGCUAUAUAUUUUUUAUUUAUAUAAUAUAUAUAUACAGCAGAGAGAAACAAAAAAGAA